GGUUAAGGUCAAGUGUACGAUGGAAAUUUGGUUUGUAAAGUCCAUCCCAAGGUGUUGUUUUGGUCGUAUUUGUGAUCACCAGAUAACCUUGAAUUUCCCUUACUUCCUAGUUAGUUUUUAUUUGCAAUUUGUGCAAUAUACUGACGUGUACCUUGUCUCAGGCUUACUGACCCUCUUCUUUUGUAGGUUUUCACUCACGCCUUACUUCCUACUCCUUAAAUAAAAAACCAACCUUGACGCCGACAUACCAACGGCUUCAGGCUACGGGAAUAUGGAUGACUUUGACCACAGUUGUGAGCGGAAAUUACUGAGCAGUCAUUCAACUUUUGGAUUACCACCUGUGAAGUCGGAAAGCUCCCUUGUUGAUGAUAACACUGGUGUAGAAAGAAUUUCUAAGGCAUUUUCACCUCCAGAAAAUAGACUUGCUCCACUUCUCGGCAAGAAGCUGUUCAUGCAUUAUGAAUCAGGCACAGCUCGUGAUAAACAAAUUGAAAAAGUGCUAAAGAAGCUUAAAGGAGAGGUCGUUGAAUUCUUUAGUCGGGAUGUUGAUUACGUCAUAACUAAUCGGAUAUCAUCUCGAUUGGCAUCACCUACUGUUGACGAACCACCUGUUACAUCAUCGAAACAAUCCACUUCACUUCACAAUCAGCUCUCGACUGUUUCGCAAACACCAAACAAUCUCAAGGUUCCUGUGCUAAUAGGAAGCAAACCUGUUAAUAGCCCGGUAACACGUGGUAGAGCUAUGUUACUUGCCGCACGCAAAAUUGCUUCUGAAGAUUCUAAUUCUACUCCAUCAGGUAUUACAGCCUCAUCGAUAUUAAACCAAGCUCAAACAUCCAAUGAUCUAUCUGUUGCACCUAUACAAUCUCAGUCAUCAUCUAUGUCUUGUGUAUUGGGAUCUAGCCAAAAGUUAAAUUCAAAUAAUGACUUGUUGUACAAAGCUCGUCAGCUAGGUAUUAAAAUUCUCUCUAUUGACACUGUAACGAAAUGGAUAAAAAAUCUCCCAUCAGACGUUCAGUCAUAUAUCCAGUCUAUACAACGAACAGAUCAUGAUGAUCAUCUUGACGAGUUAACUAAUGAUCCAGAGCGUGAUAGGAUUCAUGAAGUUCGACAUCUAGUGACACCAUGCAUCAAAGUGGUUGAUAUAAAAAGUCAUUACCGACCUAUUUAUUUAGAUAAAACAGACUACUUGCCUGACUUGUGGAGUCUAACCAAUCGUUAUAAAUCAAAAUCUAAAUCCCUUCUUGAAGUGGGCGUACAUGAUACUCCAUCAUCUCCGAUCCCAACGACUACAAUCAAUACUAUUGGUAUCAUUACUACUGCUGCUACUACUACUACUACUACUACUACUACUACUACUACUACUACUGCUACUACUACUACUGCUACUGUUACAACAACAACUACUACUGCUAAUGGACCGUGUAGUGGUAGUGUCCCUGGAGCAAGCGUUGGUUUUACUCUACAGAAUCCAAGUCAUUGUAUUCCUGGAACAGGCACUCAGUCAAUCUUAACACGCAGAGAUAGUCGAAAUAAACGUAAACAUCGUCUUCAAAAACAUACUGCUACACCAUUACAACGUACAGCUUCUUUAGUCGCUAAAGGAACGGAAAGUAAUCCCAAAGCUUCUUCGACUACUGCUGCUGUCAAUGAUGAACCAUCUGGUUAUUGUGAAUGUUGUUCCACUAAUUUUAAAAGUUUGUUUGAGCAUUUACAUUGUACAGAUCAUCAACAAUUUGCUAAUAAUUCUGAAAAUUAUCAUCUUCUUGAUGAUGUUUUAAAUAAAUUGCCAACAUUUAAAGAAUUUUUAACAAAAUCUAUAUCAACUAGUAUUUUACAAUUACCAUCUUAUUUAAAUCCGAUUACAAUAAGUCCUUGUCAUUGUCAAUAUAAUGAAAAAGAAAAUAGACCACCAAAUGAAAUACAAGUGAAUCAUGAAAAUAUUGAAUCUAUUUCUGUUUCACAAAAAUCACAAUCUACAUUAAAUAAUUAUGAAAAUAUUUCUAAAGAAAUUAAUGUUCCUCCAACAUUAAACUUUUCUGAAUCACUUGAACAUAAUCAAUUUACCGAUGAAGGAAAUUCAGAUCUAUUCAAUAAGACUGAUUUAAAUAUUUGUGAAUUAUCCAAUACCAAUAUGAUUGUACAUAAUAAUAAUAAUAGUAAUCUUGAACAAAUGUCUAAAUUAGAUCAAGAAGAGACUGCAUUUCUUUUUUUACUUUAAUAAAAGAAUUUAACAUUGAGAAAAGAAAAAAAAGAAGAAAAAACAACAUCCCUAUUUUUCUAAUCACUUUUGUUUGUUUUUUUUUUCUCUCAAUUUUUAACUCUAAGUGCUUUCAUGAUAUAAUGUGAAGAAAGAGACUAAUCAUAGAUAUGUAAUUUACUCUUACUAUGUAUUAUAAAUAUUGAGUUUGUAAAAGAUUUCCCAGUAAAAUAGUUGUAUGAUGAUGUAUAUAUAUAUAUAUAUACAUAUAUGUUCAGCAUUUGUAUUUCUAUUAGAUAAUUUCUAAUUUCUCUUAAAUGUGUUAAAUAAAGUGUAUGCAAAAAAAGUCUUUGAUAAUGGAAAUUUGUUGUUGUUGUUGAGUGCUAUCACUCACUAGAGCUAGAUACAGUUUUAGUUACUAGGUAACAUCUGGGCUACCU